AUGCUCAAGAUCGCCACCGUCGCAGGUCUUCUUGCCGUCGCUCUCGCAGCCGACAACCCAUACGCCACCUACCCUUCGGUGCCAAAGACCGCCUCCAUCAACGGUCUUGCUGACCCCAUCUACGAGAAGUUGCCAGAGUGUGCCAAGUCGUGUUUCUCCAAGUCCACCUCCAGCACCCCUUGUCCCUACUGGGACACCGGCUGUCUCUGUGUCAUGACCCCAUGGACCAACAGCGUUGCCGAGUGUAUUGCUGAGCAGUGUAAGGGUAACGAUGUCAACGUCGCCACCUCCGUCGCUGCUGCCCAGUGUCAGUCUGCCGGUGUCUGGGACCCAUACUUCAUCAUCGGCGGCAGCCAAGCCACCCUCUUGAGCUCUGCUGCUGCUCAGACCGACGCCGAGGACACUCCAACCUCCGCCACUUCUUCCCAGAUCCAGGCCACCUCUUCUUCCGAGCAGGCUGCCGAGUCCUCUUCCCCAGCUAUCACCAGUUCUCCAGCAGUGAGCUCUGACGAGGCCGAGGAGAUCACCACCACCCCAUACGUCCGUUCUGCUUCCAUCAACGGUUUCGCCGACCCAAUCUACGACAAAUUGCCAUCUUGUGCCCAGCCUUGUGUCAUGCAGUCCACCUCUUCCCUCCCAUGCCCUUACUGGGACACUGGCUGUCUCUGUGUGAUCCAGAUGUUCUCCUUCAAGGUUGCCGAGUGUAUCGCCGACAGCUGUGUGGGUGAGGACGUCAAUGUCGCCACCUCUUUGGCCUUCAGCGUCUGUAAGGCUGGUGGUGUCCACACCUCCCCAGAAUGGAACAUCAACGCUUCUUUGCAGGAGGCUUUGGAGGCUGCUGCUGCUGCCACCGGUGCUGUUGAGACCACCUCUUCUGCUCCAGUGAUCAUUCCAAUCCCAACUGUUGGUCCAAUGCCAUCUUUCGCUUCUUCCUCGUCCUCCUCGAGCGAGAACAUCAUUGCCGUUCCAACUGUUGCCCCAGUUGCUUCUUCUUCUUCCAGCGAGUCUCAGACCAUCAUUGCCGUGCCAACCGUUGGUCCAGCUCUCUCUCUCCCAGAGAACCCUGCUCCUCCUGCUGCUGAGACCUCUUCUGCUGAGGAGUCCGCUGAGGCUUCUGCUGUUGCUUCCGAGUCUGCCGUUGAGUCUGCUGCUGCUUCUGAGUCUGCUGUUGAGUCUGCUGUUGAGUCUGCUGCUGAGUCCGCUGCCGAGUCCGCCUCUGCUGCUGCCUCUUCCGCCUCCUCUGCCGUCACUGCUUCUGCCGCUGCCAACUCCACCGAGGUUGUCUCCCAGACCCACUCCGAGAUCGUCACCAUCACUUCUUGCGACGACGACAAGUGCACCGAGAUCGAGUCCACCGCCACCGCCACCAGCAAGACCACCGAGAUUGUCACCAUCACCUCUUGUGACGAGGACAAGUGUGUUGUCACCACCGUGUGCCCAGAGUCUGAGUCCACUGGCUCCGUUGCCGGCCCUGUCACCAAGACUAGAACCGACUACGACCUUGUGACCAUCACCUCUUGCGAGGACCAGAAGUGCACCGAGUCCGUCUCCACCAAGGCUCCAAAGACCGUCACCGUCUACGAGGACGAGGAGUGUGUCACUGUCACCGAGUGUGUCGAGGACAAGUGCAAGACCUUCGAGCUCUCCACCUCCCAGGUCACCAAGACCGUCGAGGCCGUCGAGACCAUCGUCGUCACCACCUACAGCAAGCCUAUCGAGGUUGAGACCGUCAAGUCUGUCUCUGGCACCAAGACCAUCGAUGUCACCAUCACCAAGACUAUCGAUGUGCCAGUGGAGACCAAGCCAGCCGAGACCAAGCCAGCCGAGGACAAGCCAGCCGAGACCCAGCCUGCUGAGGACUCUGCUAAGCCAACCUCUGUUGCUCCAGUGGUGAGCACUCCUGCUGCCACCUCUGCUGCUCCUACUGUCAGCUCUUUCGAGGGUGCCGCUGCCGUCAACACCGCCGGUCUCGGUUUCGUUGCUCUCUUGAUGGCCUUGCCAUUCUUCUAA